UGUGUGUGUCAGUCAACGCUGAUGGAGAUGCGGAUUGGCUUGUUUUAGCCCGCGGGGCUCCAGGCCCCUCCUCCCUAUCGGAGUCCUGCCUGUUCUGCGCUUGUUGCAGUGAGCGCCGAGGGUUUGUGCGCUCUCCGGUUACGCGUAUGAAGUUGUGGACAAGAGGAGAUCGAAGACAUCCAGCCACUUAGAGAAGGAGGAAAGUAAAAGGCUCACUUCUGUCGUUUCACUCAUUUAUGUUUUUUCAUGCGGGGAAUAUACAGUUAAGCCCUCGGACAGCGGCUGAACACCGAAAACACCAAAACGAGUUUGUGGCAUUUAAUUGAGAGACCAAGCAUACCCAACAGUAUGCGGUGCAGUUAUGGCAGGCAAUGGUAAGACAGUCGUGAGGACGCUGGAGGAUUUAACGCUUGAUUCUGGUUAUGGUGGAGCCGCGGACUCGGUCAGAUCGUCCAGCGUGUCGCUGUGCUGCUCCGACACGCAUCAGUCCUUUCCGCAUGGGGGCAACUGCUGGCAUCUGACGGAAUCCAUGCAUAGCAGACAGAACAGUUUGGACACAGUCAACACCGUCCUGGCGGAGGACACGGAGAUACUGGAGUGCUCGGGUCAGUGCGCCAAGCUGCCCGAGCUGGAGGACGUGCCAUGGAGCCUCGGCGAGGUGGAGGGCGCACUGAGGAAAGACGAGGAGCUGAUGGUAGGCAACCCGCCACCCGAGGUCCUGGCGCGGCUAUCGGCUCUCAUCAGCCGCGCGCUGGUGAGGGUGGCCCGGGAGGCGCAGCGGCUCAGCCUGCGCUACGCCAAGUGCACCAAGUAUGAGAUCCAGAGCGCCAUCAAGGUGGUGCUCUCAUGGACCAUCUCCGUCAACUGCAUCACGGCGGCUCUCAGCGCCCUUUCCCUCUACAACAUGAGCACCGGGGACAAGUUCAGCCGAGGCAAGUCGGCGCGCUGCGGGCUGGUCUUCUCCGUGGGGAAGUUCUUCAGGUGGAUGGUUGAUAGUCGGGUGGCCCUCAGGAUCCACGAACACGCUGCCAUAUACCUCUCCGCCUGCAUGGAGAGUCUGUUCAGAGAGGUGUUCAGCCGCGUCCUGCGCAGCGCGCUGGUGGAGAGGGACAACGGGGUCCCCAAGUUUACGCUGGAGUCACUGGAGCAAGCCAUCAACAACGACUCGGAGAUCUGGGGUCUGCUGCAGCCCUACCAGCAUCUCAUAUGUGGCAAGAAUUCAAGUGGUGUGCUGAGCCUGCCGGAGAGUUUGAACCUGCACCGGGAUCAGCAGCGCUCGGGGAGAGGCAGCGAGGGUCACGGCUACUCCCAGGCCGAGCUCCGCACGCUGGAGCAGUCGCUGCUCGCAACGCGGGUGGGCAGCAUCGCUGAGCUGAGUGAUUUGGUGUCCCGGGCCAUGCACCACCUGCAGCCACUGCACAUCAAGAACCCCAGCAAUGGGACUCCAGUCCACCAGAAGACCAACACCACAGUGCACUGGGAGCCCGAAGCCCUCUACACCCUGUGUUACUUCAUGCAUUGCCCACAGAUGGAAUGGGAGAACCCAAAUGUUGAGCCCUCCAAAAUCACCUUACAUACUGAGAGGCCGUUCCUGGUACUUCCUCCGCUGAUGGAGUGGAUUCGGGUGGCGGUCGCCCACACUGAACAUCGACGAAGCUUCUCUGUGGACAGCGAUGAUGUGAGGCAGGCUGCCAGGCUGCUGCUACCCGGUGUGGACUGUGAACCACGACAAAUAAAAGCCGAGGAUUGUUUCUGUGCCACCAGAAAGCUGGAUGCAGCCUCCACAGAGGCCAAGUUCCUGCAGGAUCUGGGCUUCAGGAUGCUGAACUGCGGACGGACGGACUUGGUCAAGCAGGCCGUGAACCUGCUGGGGCCUGAUGGUAUUAACAGCAUGAGCGAACAGGGAAUGACCCCUCUCAUGUACGCCUGUGUCCGCGGCGAUGAGGCCAUGGUCCAGAUGCUGCUUGACGCCGGGGCCGACAUCAACAGCGAGGUGCCAAGCACAGUAAACAAGCACCCCUCAGUUUAUCCUGAAACGCGCCAGGGGACGCCACUCACUUUCGCCGUGUUACACGGACACGUCCCUGUCGUGCAGUUGUUGCUGGAUAAUAGCGCAAAUGUGGAGGGCGCCCUGCAGGAUGGGGCGGAGAACUACACAGAGACCCCGCUUCAGCUGGCCGCCGCUGCAGGUAACUUUGAGUUGGUGAGUUUGCUUUUGGAGAGAGGGGCAGACCCCAUGAUCGGGACCAUGUGUCGAAACGGCAUCUCCUCUGCCCCACUGGGAGACAUGAACUCAUACAGCCUGGCAGCAUCACACGGCCACAGGAAUGUGUUUCGGAAGCUCCUGUCCCAGUCGGAAAAGGAAAAGGGGGAUGUGCUGUCCCUGGAGGAGAUCCUGGCCGAGGGUACAGAUCCCAGGGAGAAGACUUUGGCUCCGCAUGCCAAUGGUGGAGGGACCCUGCGAACAGGAAAGGCCAAGCUGAGGGCCCUGAGAGAGGCCAUGUACCAUAGCGCAGAGCACGGCCAUGUGGACAUCACCAUAGACAUCCGCAGCUUAGGCGUUCCCUGGACGCUGCACACCUGGCUCGAGUCCCUGCGUACCUGCUUCAUCCAGCACCGCCGGCCGCUGAUCCAGGGCCUCCUCAAAGACUUCAGCUGCAUCCAGGAGGAGGAGUACACAGAGGAGCUCAUCACGCACGGCCUGCCGCUCAUGUUCCAGAUCCUGCGAGCCAGCAAGAAUGAGGUGAUAAGCCAGCAGCUGUCAGUCAUUUUCACCCAGUGCUACGGGCCCUUCCCCAUUCCUAAGCUGACAGAGAUCAAGAAGAAACAGACCUCGCGCUUAGACCCUCACUUCCUCAACAACAAGGAGAUGUCUGAUGUCACUUUCCUGGUGGAGGGGAAACCAUUUUAUGCACAUAAGGUUUUGCUGUUUACAGCAUCAGCCAGGUUCAAGUCGCUGCUCCAAAACCGACCAGCAGCAGAGAACACCUGUAUUGAGAUCAGCCAUGUCAAGUACAAUAUAUUCCACUUGGUUAUGCAGUAUCUGUACUGUGGAGGCACCGAAUCCUUGCAUAUACGCAACACUGAAGUUAUGGAGCUCCUGUCUGCAGCCAAAUUCUUCCAACUAGAGGCCCUUCAGAGACACUGUGAGAUCAUCUGCUCCAAGAACAUCACCACCGAAACCUGUGUGGACCUCUACAAACACGCCAAGUUCCUUGGUGCCACGGAGCUUACGGCUUUCAUCGAGGGCUAUUUCCUGAAGAACAUGGUGCUGCUGAUUGAGCUCGACGGCUUCAAGCAGCUGCUGUACGAUCCUCCUCCCGCCGAGAGCCCCGCGUCAAGCCCCGGCGUCUGCUCCGACAUCCUCUACGACCUGGAGAAAACUCUGGCCACGCGCAUCCACUCCAUCCACCUCUCCACCUCCAAGGGCUCCGUGGUGUGACGUCGUCCCGCUCCGGAGCCCCUCCGAUCCAGCCACAGCAUCCAUGUAACACCACUUUUAACAUCCAGUGUCUUUAACUAUACAGCCCCGUCCACCUGUCCUGGCCCCCCCUGCUGCUGAAGAGGAGCUGUCGGAUGUCGUUAUGUCAGGGAUUCCCUUUAAUUCCGCCUGUUGCAGCUCCCUGAGGGGACGUUAAUGUUGGCAUACGUGACAAAACCAGAGAGAGAACUUUCUCGCCUUGUCAGAGGUUUGAACUCUGUUGUCCCAACGGCUCCCACUGAUCACUUCACACCCCACCAGUAUCUGAAACUGUAAGCAAAACAGACUCGACCCAACAGUAUCACUUAGACCUAGCCGUGAUUAUGAAACUUUCUACUGUAUUUCAUAUAGGAUACAUGCAUGAAAUACACACUGUACACCUUUUUUUUUUUGGGCUUAAAAAGGUAGAUUAGAAUUUUAACUCAAUAAUUCAAUAAAAGCAGCUUUUUCAUCAUCUCAGAUAUGAGACUUCAGUUUACAAAUCACUUAAUGGAAGUGGAUGCCACUGCAGUGAAGUCACCUGUAGUAUAAGUUUGACACAUGCCAAAAUAUACUCCUACUAUACAAUCAAUAAAAAUAACAAUAAGUGAUUAGUAGCAAUGCCAGCAGACGGACAUUUAGGUGGAACUGAACUUAUUUGCAUUUCUUUCUGUCAGUUCUGUGUCGGAUACGUUUCACUGUGUUAUCUACUGUGUGCAGAGGCCAAACUGAUCACACGAACUUCCACCGUGGCCGACACUGCAGCGCCGAUUCAACUUACUAAAACGGCCCACUCAGUGAAAUCUAUGCUGACGUAUGCUUGAAACAUGGAUGUCCAACUGGGAAAUUAACUUGUGAUAACUCCACGAACACUGUCGACUUUUUUUGCAUGACACCUCCUCAACUGAGCUGCCCUGAUAUUGCUUUUUAUGCAGAGCUUACUUCACGGACCACUUUCGCAAGGGGGAAGUAAGGGAAAAACGCUGCUUAUUAACUUUCUAUCCACUGCAAAACAGACUUGAGCGGGCUUGGAGAUGGAUUUCGAUGGCAGGGACUUUCUCUUUAAAGAUAUUUAAAGCAAAGUGUAAAUACGUCCUGAAAAGUCAUCGUGCUGUUUAUUCUUUUUUGUAAACUGAUAUACAGUAUUCUCCUACACUCGCUUGGCUGAUGACACCAGUCUCAUUGAAUGUGCUCCCUGAACAGUUUGUUCUAGCUGUAUGUCUUAUGCAAAGUUGCAUGUUUGAUCUGUUUGUAUGACUCCGUUUUCCGCUUUAGGUGUGCUUUCUGUGUAGAUUGGUAGGGCUGAGUAGGUUGUUGAUUGUUCAGAAACCAGUUGAAAGGAGUUUUCCCCAUUUCUGACACAUUCCAAAUUAUCAAGGUCAACCACAAGACCCUUUUUGUUUUAGACUUCAAUAACAUCUCUCAAUAACAUAACUUCUGUGAAAGAAAAGGCCAAAUUCCCGCACACUGUCAGCACGGAGUUUAGAAACUCUCCCGGAUGAAUCAUCAGUACAAAAGAUACAACAAGACUAUGUACAAUAACACUUUAGGGGAGAAGUUACCUAUAAUUCCCAAGGUGCAUUUGGGCAAGAAACACCCAAUCAUCAAGCUUAAAAUGAUCUUAGAGUAAACUGCUAAUGUUGGAUUGAAGGUAAACUUUACUAAUUUUAGAAUGUGCAGCUUCAAUUAAUUUGAAUUCUGGGUGAAUUGUGGAUGAAUUUAGCAUCUGUGGUGCCACAUUUUGUUCACAAAUUCAUUACGAAGCGUUUUGAAUAAACUAUCAUGCCUCUGA